AUGGAGAUGAUCGUUGGAAUGGUAAAGAACAAGUGGGGCGCUCUGCCCAAGGAGUCCACCGAGUCCUUUGCAGGGCGAAAUGUGCUAGUCACAGGCGCCACCUCAGGGCUAGGGUAUGCGGCAGCGGCCAAGUUCGCGAAGCUAGGAGCAUCAAAAAUCAUCAUCACAGCCCGAGACGAAGCCAAAGGUGCGGCGACCAAGAGCCAGCUCGAAGCAGAUGCCGGCGAAGGUGUCCACUUUGAAGUCUGGGAUCUGGACAUGACUUCAUACGAUAGUGUCGUCAAAUUUGCGCAACGAGCCGUUGACGAACUCGACCAUUUGGACGUCGCUAUCCUCAAUGUUGGAAUCUUCAACACCGUCUACCAACAGUCGAAGCAUGGCUGGGAGGGUGACCUACAAGUCAACACACUUUCCAGCAUUCUGCUCGGUAUACUCCUCUUGCCGAAGUUGAAAGAGUCGCAAAAGCAUACGCAGAUACCUGUACUGCAGUUCGUCAAUUCGGGGAUGCACACGGUCAUGAACAUCUCUGAUGACGUUCGAAACAAGCCCGCGAUCCUGCCCGAGUUCAACAGGGAAGAAACCUUCGCCGGCGCCCAGAAGCAGUACGGUUAUUCGAAGCUUCUCCAGAGAUACGCCAUCAUAGAGCUCGCCAAGAAAACUCCGUCCAGCGAGGUCAUCAUUACGGCAACGUGUCCCGGGGCAGUCAUUACGAAUAUCGAUCGCGAUAUCAAGUUUCCUGGUGUCAAGAUCGUACGGGCGAUCGUGCAUACAUUGGCGUUUAGGACGGCGGAUCAAGGAGCCAACAUAUACAUUACUGGCGCGUCGCAGAACGAAGAACUCCAUGGAAAGUUCUGGGCGAAUGAUAAGAUUCAGACUGAUAAGCCGAACAUCGUAGCUGAAGAAAAUGAGAAGCUUGCGCUGAGGGUGUGGAAUGAGAUUGUAGAGGAACUGGCAAAGCAUGUGCCGGAGGUCAAGGAGUGUCUCGCAUAA